AUUUCUGUUGCUGUUGAUAGGAACAAAUCCCGAUUGGCUCAGCAGAAGUUCGGGCUACUUUCAGCAGUGGUAGUGGUCGUGUGGCUGGGUGUAUGGUGAAUGAAGGGAAAUUUGUCAAAGAUUGUGGCAUCAGGGUACUCCGGAAGGGUAAAACUGUCCAUGUCGGUGUCCUUGAUUCUCUUAAACGAGUUAAAGAAAACGUGAAAGAGGUGGGUGCUGGAUUAGAAUGUGGUAUUGGUAUGGAUGACUACGAUGAUUGGAUUGAAGGAGACAUCAUCGAGGCCUUUAACGCAGUUCAAAAGAGGCGAACGCUAGAAGAAGCAUCGGCUUCAAUGUCUGCCGCGAUUGAAGAGGCUGGAGUCUAAUUGUGAUCCUGCUUUUGCUUCUAAAGACUAAAGUCAUCAAAGAAACUCAAGCAAACAACAAAAUCAGACCCUCAGGGUAAGAUUUGGGUCACAACAGUUUGGUUGGUACAUUGUUUGUAUGGUCUCAUAUUGUACAUGGCAAAUGUUUCUACAUAUGGUUGAUGAUGUAGGAAAAAAAGGAAAAGACCCAAAUGAAACAAUAUUUAUCUUGAAAAAGUCACAAAAUAAUAUCCUUUA